AUGGAUUGUGCACCAAAAAAGACUUUAACCAAAGAGCAAAAAAAGGUAUUGGUGCAAUUUAUGGAGGAGCACCCAGAAUUAAAUUCUGGAAAGUUCAGUAAUGAAUUUACUUUCAAAAAAGCCAAAGAGAUGUGGAUGGAUUUGGCGAAUCUAUUGAAUGCAAUGCCCGGAUGUUGCAAAGAGUGGACUAAAUGGCGCAAAACAUGGCACGACUUAAAAAAUGCCACCAAGGCAAAAGCAGCUGCAAACAAAAGAAGCUUUGAGAGAACAGGGGGCGGUGUCUCUCCAGUUUAUGUUUUGGACCCUGACGAAAACCAAGUACUGGAUAUUCUGAAUCCCAUACAAAUUGAAGGCUUGCCGGUUCUAGAAUCCGUUACACCGUUUAAUUUUGAUGAGAUAGUCUUAAGAGAUGUACCAGCCGAGGUACCAACUGUAGCUGAGCAAGUUAAGGAGGAGCAGAAAAAGGGCGAAGAGAAUAAAGAAAAUAUCUACAUUGAACAUCCAGACGAAAUGCUUGAAUUAGGUGUCCGGCCUCAACACAUUUGGGAUUAUUCGAUAGCAGUCAUGAUGCUUUCAGUUAAAUCUACAUAUACCACGGAAGACACAAGACAAUUGACCAUGAAACAGAGAAAAUGCGUAUUUGAGGGUGAAGUUAAACUCAAAGUCGACAAAAUUUAUACGUACACAGCGUGUUCAAUUCAAUGCAGAAUGGACAUCGCUCAAGAACGUUGUGGUUGCGUACCAUUUUUUUACCCUAAAGUACCGGGUUAUUCAUAUUGCAAUGUGGUGAGAUUAAGAUGCAUUGCGAAAAAUCUACCAGCGAUUCUCGACAAUGCCAAUUGUGAUUGUUUAUUGGCAUGUAAUCACACUAUUUAUGAUGUAGAAGGCAAAAAUACGACAUCUUCUAGACAAAUGGAGAUUAAAUUUAUUUCUUGGCCAAUGAUAAGGUAUAAGCGUGAAGUCUUAUUUGGAUGGGUCGAUUUAUUAGUGUCAUUUGGAGGUAUUGCUGGAUUAUUUUUAGGAUUUAGUCUUCUAUCUGCGGCAGAAAUUAUUUAUUAUUUCACUCUGAGAUCUUGCAUUGCUGCUUUUAAAGAACGAAAAUAUUUGGACAAAGUUCGUGAAGCAAACGAUGGGAAACCACAACCGCCGUAUGAUUUGAGCCUUGUCCCGUAUUUUAUAUCGCAACCAUUACCUGGUUACGGUAUAGAUUUGAUUGCGAAAAAAUUCAACGAUAAUAAAUUUAAUAAUCAAAAGAUCCAGAUGUUCAAGAAAACUAACGAACCAGUAGAAGAAGAAAAUAGUGUAGGAGAUAAUUAUUCAGAAGAAAUUUUACUGGAAGAUAACCGAGAAGAUAACGCAGAUUCUGAUUACCAAAUAAAAGUAGUAGAAGACGAAAAUAAAGAAGUUUACACACUUAGAGACUUGCUGUAUGAGUAUGAACAAAUUCAUAAAGACUUAUUGAUUUCAGACGCAGAAAUUAGGAACACUUGUGACGAUAGACACGUCCUACGAUCACUUCCAGAGAAACUAAUAACGCGUUGUGGAGAUGACAGACCAGAUACAAACGAAACGAAUCAUCAAUAG